GUCGCCAGAGUCUAGUACUACUGUCUACAAAACAUCCGUGAAUCCUAUUCGCUCAGAAUCCGUGAACCAGAUUUUCUUACUUUCUUAAAUACCCACUUGAACUUGUUUCUUUUGUCUCUUGCAUUGUAGUACUUGUUUGGAAUCUGCGAUUGAUAACUUCCAGAAUCAUGGGCAACUGCAUGGAGACAGAAGGAGAUCAUGAAGAGGAGAAGCAAGAGGAAGAAAGAGGAAGAAGAUUUGUGAAGGAAAAUGGUGGUGUGAGCAUGAAAGUUGUGGUGACAAAGGAGGAGCUAAAAUGGCUGAUACUGAAACUGAAAGAGGAGAAAGGAAUGAGAUUGGAGGAAAUGGUGGCAGAGAUAGAAAGAGUGAGACAAGAGAAAGUUGAAGGCUGGAAACCUUCCUUGGAUAGCAUCAUGGAAGCUCCUGAAAUGCUUGAGAUGGAUAACACCACACCCACAUCAUCACAGCUUUCUCUGUAAAUUCAAUACUCUUGUUUUCUUUUUCCAUUGUUUACAAUAGUCAAACAUCAUCGACUAGGAUUUUCGUUUCUAGAUCUUAUGUUUGUUUUGGUCGAUGUAGAAAUUGAUGAGGUUGCUUUUUGGUCGCAUUUGCUGCAAUAGAUCUUCCUCUGCUAGAUUCUGUGAUGCUCUUCGAUGUUGUCUGCUGUUAGAUUCUUCAUUCAUUCUGAUUUACACUUUCUUAAGCUUAA